AUGACAAAAACAUUAGAAAUUGUUCACAGUGAUUGCGCACCUCCUGCUAUUGGACCAUAUUCUCAAGCAAUAAAGGCCAAUGGACUAAUAUUUUGUUCAGGACAAUUGCCAGCGUUAGCAAAUGGCUGCUUAGUAACGACAAGUAUUGGAGAACAAACGAAAGCCUGUUUAGAUAAUCUUCGUCAUGUUCUAGAGGCGGGGAAUUCGUGUCUUGAAAAAGUCGUCAAAGUAACCGUUUUUCUCAGUGAUAUGUGUCAUUUUAAAGAAUUCAACGAAACAUAUGAAAAAGUAUUUGGUUCUUAUCGUCCAGCACGAUGUUGUGUUGCUGUUCGUGAAUUACCAAGAAGUGUAGACGUUGAAAUUGAAUGUAUUGCAGUUGAAAAUAAAUAA